CAGUCCACUAUUGUUGUGAGGACAAUUUGAAAGUAAUUUCAGGCUCGAAUUUUAUGAUUUGGGCUUAAAAGUGCACUUGAGAUUGAAUUUAUUUUAUUUUCCCCGUAUGAAACACUGUGCAUUUGCACUGAAGCGGAACUCCUUUCAGUUGGGCUUUGACACGUCAGCUGUAGGUGCCGGACACAUUUAGACGUCGCACACGCCGCAUUUCCUUGUUCUUCCGUGUUGAUGUUCACAGAUGUAACCUGUUUUAAGUUAAACGAUUUGCUGAGGGCACAACAGGUUUGAUGCCCACUGCUCCAACAUGGCGCUCUCAGAUUUGAUAACACACAAGAACGGGCGGCAGAGGAAGAUGGCGGGUGCCAUCAACCCACCUGAAAACAUGAGGUACAUGGACAAAGAAGAGAAGAGCUCCUCUGACCCAGAAGUAGAAGAGGAAGCAGAGGGUCUUAUCAGAGGGUCAGACUCUGAGGACAGGAGGCACAGAGUCCGGCCUGGGAUCCGUGGCGAGUUGGGGAACGUGUCGCUUCUUCUGUUCCUGUACGUGCUGCAAGGGAUUCCUCUGGGACUGGCUGGUAGCAUCCCUCUGAUCUUACAGAGUAAGAGCGUCAGCUACAAAGACCAAGCCUUCUUCAGCUUUGUCUUCUGGCCAUUUAGUCUCAAGCUUCUCUGGGCGCCUCUGGUGGACGCUCUCUACUUUAGCAGGUUUGGUAGAAGAAAGUCAUGGCUGGUGCCCACGCAGUUCCUGCUGGGCCUCUUCAUGCUCUACCUUUCUGGGACGGUCGAUUCACUGCUGCAGAGUGAGGGAGGACCGAAGGUGGUAACACUUACUGCAGUCUUUUUUAUGCUUGAGUUCCUGGCAGCCACACAGGACAUAGCUGUGGACGGUUGGGCCCUGACUAUGUUAUCCAGAGAGAAUGUGGGAUAUGCUUCUACAUGCAACUCUGUGGGCCAGACAGCUGGAUACUUCCUGGGGAAUGUACUCUUUCUGGCUCUAGAGUCUGCAGACUUCUGUAACAAAUACCUCAGAGUAGUGCCCAAGGACACAGGCAUCGUCACCUUAUCAGACUUCUUGUUUUUUUGGGGAGUGGUGUUCCUGGUGUCCACGACUUUGGUAGCCAUCAUUAAAAGGGAAAAUGAGCAGGGCAAAGGAAAGAGGAAAGUCCAUGAGGAGACAGAGGGCGUCAUGGAAACCUACAAGCUGCUGUUCUCUAUCAUCAAGAUGCCCACAGUCUUCACCUUUUGUGCCCUGCUUCUCACUGCUAAAAUUGGCUUCUCUGCAGCAGAUGCAGUGACAGGUCUGAAGCUGGUGGAGGCUGGAGUUCCCAAGGAGCAGCUGGCAUUGCUGGCAGUGCCCAUGGUGCCUCUGCAGAUCCUACUACCUGUGAUCAUCAGUAAAUACACAGCAGGGCCCAGACCUCUGGAUGUCUUCUACAAGGCCUUCCCUUUUAGGUUACUAAUAGGACUGCUGUACGCUCUGCUGGUGUGGUGGACCCCCAGUGUGAAAGAAGAAGGAGGCUUCCCUGUUUACUACUAUGCCAUUGUGCUGCUUAGCUACGCAUUUCAUCAGGUGGCGUUGUACAGUAUGUACGUGGCCUGCAUGGCCUUCCAUGCCAAAGUGAGUGACCCCCUCAUCGGCGGGACCUACAUGACCCUGCUGAACACAGUCACUAACCUUGGUGGAAACUGGCCCUCCACUGUGGCUCUGUGGAUGGUGGAUCCCCUGACCUCAAAGGAGUGUCAGGGUGCUGUCAGGCAGAGCUGUGGCUCUCCAGACGAGGCCGGGCUGUGCGUUAAAGAGGGCGGCGUUUGUGUGACUACAUUGGACGGCUACUACGUGGAGUCAGUGGUGUGUGUUGUGAUUGGUUUAGCCUGGUGGGUGUGGUUAGGGAAGAAGAUGAGGCGGCUGCAGGAACAGAGCCCCGCUGCAUGGAGGUGCAGAGCUAAUCAGUGAUGACCGUAUCAUCAGUACCACUGACUCUUAUUUUCUUGCACCUCCGCAUACUGUGCUCUGAAAACUGCUGAAUGGUGGACACACUUUUAUUCCAUUCUCAUCGUCUGAUUUAGUCCCUCCGGUCCUGCUCUAGCUGCUGCGUU